AUGGAUAGACCAAGCACAAGCCAACAGUCAGUGGAGAAGGUGGAAAUGUUCGAGGUUAGGGAGCAUGUUCCGUAUCAAGCGGAGAUAACCAGGGCCCCGGCAGCAUACGACGAGGAGAGCGGAGAUUUGUAUAACUCCUCCUGGGAUUCAGCUUGGAGAUCUAUUUGUCAGCUCUUCAAUCUGCUCCAACACAUGCAAGUGGCCAUUGUUGUGUUCUCCCUGUGGCAUUUCGCGCUAACUUCAGCACCAAGCGGGGCGAUCAGUAAUUUACAACUUCAUAUUAUAUUCGCGGGAACUGGUUACCAACUGUUCCUGGUAGAAGCUAUAAUGACGUUGCACCGACACAACUCAUGGUCCUCGCAGCUAUCAAAAGACAGUAAACGAAUCAUACACGGCUGUCUGCAGCUAAUAGGAGCUCUGUUUGUCCUAGCCGGAACUUUUCUGGCCCUGGCAGAAGUGAACAUGCAAAUCAAUACUGCCCACGGAAUCUGCGGUGUUAUAGCAUUAGCAUUUACUCUAGUCAGUUUCAUCAGCGGCAUAAUAGCGUUAUUUUCUUCUAAAGUAAGGUUAAUGGUUAAAAGCGGACCUGUGAAAAUUCUACAUCUUGCGGUAGGUAUGUUUGCAGUUUCAAUGGGCCUUAUAACCAUCACAAUAGGGUUGAACAUGGACUUCUUCACCGCUUCGCAAGGAGGACUGUCAACAGCGCUGAUAGCUUUUGUAGUGUUAACGUUGUUUUAUGUUAUAAUACAGCCUAUAGUAGACUUAGUGUCUACAACUCGAAAUGUUAUGUGA